UGUCUUGACACAUUUUGUUGUACCAGACAGUACUGCAAUCAUUCACUUAUUACUUAUUCCGUUUCUUGCAGCUAAUGGUUAGAGGAGGCAUCACCAAAUCAAACUUGUUGCUUCUGGGGGGAGCUAAGAGAGCAAAGAGUGGACGAAACAAAUUCUCUGGUACUGCUCAGGCUUCUACUGCAGAAAGCUCUGCAGAAGUCUCAAAGACUGGUAGGAGGAUAGAGGAUUCCUCUUGGUGGGUCCCACACCCACGCACAGGAAUUUACUUCCCGAAAGGACAUGAGUGGGUGAUGGAAGAUGUUCCAGAGGAUGCAGCUCGUUUGAACCAGAUAUUUUGGUUCAGAAACGUUGAUGGUGUUGACAUCCCCAAACAACAACCUUAGUGUCCCACAACAUUCUACUGAUCCGAAAUCAUGUACCUGUGUCACACAUUGUUAACCCUUCCUACGAACUUGAAAGUAUAAGAAUAUUAUACAUAGAUAAGUACUCGGAAUAAUAGUCUCCAAACAUGUAAUAAUUUCUGCUGGUUGAGGACAACACUGUCGUGUUCUUACACUCCCAACCAUGCAUGAGCAAGAUGAUUAUAUAUAUCAUAGCAAGUUUAUUAUUAAACUAUAUGUAUCUGUAAAAGUCUCUUACCUUUUUCUUUUUCCUUUUUUUUUUAGUUGCUAUAUGGUACAGUUACGGAGUACGAACAGUCCACAUAGUUGUGAGCACUUGAUAAAGGAGGCAAUAUUGAUCACUAAAAGUUCAUGAUCGAUUCCAGAUAUGAUUCUGGUUUACGUUUUACAUCACCAACUUUUGUGUUAUAUGUAUGUUGAAAUUGUCCUGAAGGAAUCGUUUAUGAAAGCCUAGUUUAUGGUGCAGCUUGGGCUUUGUGUUGCUCCAUUACCUGAGGCCAUUGCUUCUGAGCCGGAGUGUGGAAUAUUGAAUGUAACAGGAAAAAAAUGCGUUUUUAAUCAUGAAAGCAUUUAUGCUAGA